UCCGCCUCCUGCCCUCCGCGUGCGCGCGCGCGUUCCCCUCCAUUCCUCCCCAGCUCCCGGAAGUCCUCUCCCGGUGGACAGACCUUCAGAUCGGCUGCUGCUGCUGUUCCUGCGUCCUGAGAAAAUGGCGAUGAUGGUGGAUCCUCCGAACGGAAUGGGCAACCACGGCAAGCACUACUACACCAUGUGGCAGACCAUGUUCGAGAUCGACACCAAGUACGUGCCCAUCAAGCCCAUCGGGCGGGGCGCCUACGGGAUCGUCUGCUCCUCCAUCAACCAGGAGACCAACGAGAAGGUCGCCAUCAAGAAGAUCAACAACGUCUUCGACAACCGCGUCGACGCGCUCAGGACGCUGCGCGAGCUCAAGCUCCUCCGCCACCUGCGCCACGAGAAUGUCAUUUGCUUGAAGGAUAUAAUGAUGCCCAUCCAUAGGAGGAGCUUCAAGGAUGUCUACCUGGUCUCCGAGCUCAUGGACACCGAUCUGCAUCAGAUUGUCAAGUCGUCGCAGCCGCUUUCCAAUGACCACUGCCAGUAUUUCCUUUUUCAGCUACUCCGAGGGCUGAAGUACCUUCAUUCAGCAGGGAUUCUCCAUAGAGACCUGAAACCAGGGAACCUUCUGGUUAAUGCAAACUGUGAUCUGAAGAUCUGUGACUUUGGCCUGGCUCGCACAAACAACACUAAAGGUCAGUUUAUGACUGAAUAUGUUGUCACCCGCUGGUAUAGAGCUCCUGAGCUGCUGCUCUGCUGCGACAACUAUGGCACCUCCAUAGAUGUCUGGUCUGUUGGCUGCAUAUUUGCUGAGCUACUUGGCCGCAAGCCGAUCUUUCCGGGAACCGAGUGCCUAAAUCAGCUUAAGCUCAUAGUCAAUGUUCUUGGCACCAUGAGUGACAGUGACCUUGAGUUCAUUGACAACCGGAAAGCUCGCAACUACAUCAAAUCCCUUCCAUACACCCCAGGGAUUCCCCUAUCUAACAUGUACCCACAUGCGCACCCUCUUGCCAUUGAUCUGUUGCAGAAGAUGCUUGUCUUUGAUCCUUCCAAAAGGAUUAGUGUCCUUGAGGCUCUGGCGCACCCCUACAUGUCUGCGCUGUAUGAUCCAGCCGCAAACCCUCCUGCCCAGGUACCCAUUGAUCUCGAUAUUGAUGAAAACAUUGGCGUAGAGACGAUCCGAGAAAUGUUGUGGCAGGAGAUGCUCCAGUACCACCCUGAGGCCGCCACAAUGGUGAAUAUGUGACAAGCAGGAAUGAACAUGUGAGAGCAGUAUGCCGCACCAGGUUCUUCGCAUGUUCGUUUUUUGUAUAAUCACGUCCGGUGAUUCUGUUUUGUAAAUAUUUGCACAAUAAGCCAGCGUACGGAUUUUUCUGGCUAUGGAUUACUACUUGUAGUAUAUAUAUUGUACUGUGUUGUAGAAGCAGAAUUCAGUUAUGAAGAACUCAGUUAUCAGAGACUUGUGUAAGUUGUAAUAUUUCUUUUUAACCUGAGUGUAAGUUGUAAUCUUAGACGCUCCUCUAUAUAUAGAGGUGUCAAAUUUCGAGUGACCUUGGUUCCAUCUGUUUUGCUUCAUGGUGGUUUAACUUCAGAUCUGUCUUGUUUCUUCAAGAGCAGUAGAAAUUGUAGUUU